CGGCUAAUCUCUCCUCGAAAACAAGCCGUACAACGAAACACAAGGCGACGAAACUUUCCUUUUUAUCGCAUAUCCAGAGAGGACGGCUAAGCUUCAAUUGGGUUAGUUUUUGUUGCCAUGGAGAUUCGAGUCCAAGAGUCCGAAAACAUGAUCAGAGAACAGGAGGAAGCCCUCCUCCUGCGGGACAAUGGUGCUGUCCCGAAGAAGAACUUGGUGCAACGGGCGAUAAGCCAGACCUUUGAGAGCACCGCCCACCUAGCAAACCUCCUGCCCACUGGGUCAGUCCUCGCAUUCCAGUUCCUCUCUCCCAUCGUCACGAACCAGGGGGUGUGCGACUCCGUGAGCCGGGCAAUGACCUUGGGCCUGCUCGCAUUUUGCGGUCUCUCGAGCUUUCUCCUCUGCUUCACUGACAGCUUCAAGGAUGAGAACGGGAACGUGACUUAUGGCUUCGCCACAGUGCACGGGUUGUGGGUCAUCGACGGAUCAACAAAGCUGCCAUCAGAGCUCACAGAAAGGUACUGCUUGAGGUUCAUAGAUUUUUUGCAUGCCUUCAUGUCGGUGCUGGUUUUUGCGGCAGUGGCACUAUUCGAUUCAAAUGUGGUUAGCUGCUUUUAUCCGGCACCUUCCGAUGAGGCACAAGAGGUCCUCACGGCAUUGCCCGUCGGAAUUGGGUUCAUCUGCAGCAUGUUAUUUGUUGUGUUUCCGACGACCCGUCAUGGAAUUGGAUUCCCACUUUCUUCUAAUUAAUUCUGCAUAGAGUACCCAAAAACAGGCCAGUUCCAAAUGUUCAUUUGAUAUAAUAUAUCAUUCUAUGCUAUUUAUUUUCAUUCUUCCGAAAGCGAUCUUGUAAGAACUGAUGAGAAGGAUCAACACAAUAUGUUUACAAGAAGAAAUAAAAUAAUAGCUCUUCUUUGCCUUUCAAAA